CAGAGCGCAGGCGCCGGCGGAGGAGGCAGGCGGGAGGGGGCCAACUGGCGCGGCUCUGGAGAGCGCUCCUCCGCCCCGCGCGCCGUCCCUGCGCCCCGCUCCGCCCGCGCCUCUCUCCCAGCGCCGCGCCUCGGGCGUAAAGAGCGCGCCCCUCGCACCGCAGCCAGUGCCGCCCGCAGCAGCCCAGCCCCAGCCUUCCUCCGCCUCCUCCUCCCUCUCCUCCUCCGCCGCCGCCGGACACGCAGCCGCAGGCCGGGGCCGGGACGCAGCUGGGGAGUCAGGGACGCGCGCAGCCAGCCCUUCCCCCUCCGGCUCCCGCACCGCCGGCCGCCUCCCCUCGCCCUCCUCCUCUCCCCUCCCUGCACCUUCGCUUUUUCCUCCUCCUCCUCUCCUGGCCCCGGCUGCCAGCACCAUGUCCGCAGGGGGAGAUUUUGGGAAUCCACUGAGAAAAUUCAAGUUGGUGUUCUUGGGGGAGCAGAGCGUCGGGAAGACGUCUCUGAUUACGAGGUUCAUGUACGACAGCUUCGACAACACAUACCAGGCAACCAUUGGGAUUGACUUCUUGUCAAAAACCAUGUACUUGGAGGACCGCACGGUGCGACUGCAGCUCUGGGACACAGCUGGUCAGGAGAGGUUCCGCAGCCUGAUCCCCAGCUACAUCCGGGACUCCACAGUGGCUGUGGUGGUGUACGACAUCACAAAUCUCAACUCCUUCCAACAGACCUCUAAGUGGAUCGAUGACGUCAGGACAGAGAGGGGCAGUGAUGUUAUCAUCAUGCUGGUGGGCAACAAGACGGACCUGGCUGAUAAGAGGCAGAUAACCAUCGAGGAGGGGGAGCAGCGUGCCAAAGAACUGAGCGUCAUGUUCAUUGAGACCAGUGCGAAGACUGGCUACAACGUGAAGCAGCUUUUUCGACGUGUGGCGUCGGCUCUACCCGGAAUGGAGAACGUCCAGGAGAAAAGCAAAGAAGGGAUGAUCGACAUCAAGCUGGACAAACCCCAGGAGCCCCCGGCCAGCGAGGGCGGCUGCUCCUGCUAAUGCAGAGCCGACCUGUGGCUUCCCAUGACACUCCUUGCUUGUUGUGUUGCUUCCUAUUGGCUAGCUUCCUAAGGGGGGAGGGAACCGAGUUAUCAAGAUGGGAGGAUUUUUCUUUUCUCUCUGUCUCUAGGAGUAGGGUGGGAUGGGGAGGGAGGCUGGGCAUCAGGGAUCACAUCACUCUUAACAGCUGUUACUUAAACAACUAUUUUUUGGUUUGGUUGUAAUAUAUUGUACUUUAUUAAGAUUGCCAAAAACUGUUAAAAUUUAAAAAAAAUUUAAAUCAUGUGUAUACAAUUUUUUGCCAGAUAAAAAUGUAGUCAUUUUUAUUUGAAAGAUGUGCUUUUUGUUUUUGUAUAUUUGUAAACUUAUAGAGAACCUUUUCCACACACCUCCUCCUUCCUGUUCUCUUUGAACCGUUCAUCACCUCUGCCUUCCUCCCAUCCCCAGCCCAAUAAAUUAAAACAAUUAACUGAGAAAAUUAAUUAGGCUUCAGUCUGGGGCCAUCUGGCCCCACUCUCUAGGCCCUACUCCGGUUAAAUCAAACAUUGGUUGAACACAUCAGCCUCUGAAAAGGUAGCUCUGACUCUUGUCUUUCCAUGGCCAGAGUGGGUCGUCAACCUUGUGUGGAGCUGAGACCAAGGUCUGUGGGCUCUAGGCAGCCCGGCAGCAGCCCCCAGGGGAACUGCUCCCACCUCUUCUUCUCCUUCCCUGAAAAGCCUUGAAGGGGGUUGAGGGUACAGGAAACCUUGUGUUCUCUGUGCCCUCAGGGACUGGCAGAGCAAGAGGCCAUCAGAAGGACGGGGUGCUGUUGGCAAUUGCAGCUGCGUGGUGCAUGGUUUAUGGACUGGGGUGCCAUGUGUAGUUCUGAAAAUAUUUUAACCAGCUCACCCAGCAGUCACUACACAUGCCUGGGCCAAGUCUAAGAAACUCAGUGUGUGAUGUUGGGCAGCAUGCCAUCCUGAAGCCUUCCUCCUGGAUGUCAGGGAAGCUGGACCACCUGGAGUUGAUCCUCUGUGAUUGGGGUUGGGGUGGGGGGGAGUUGUCUGCAGAACCACCACCUUGAAAGAUCCAUGUUGUUAGAGCCUCAGCUGCUAAUAUUGUUGAGUGCUUUCUGGAAAAGCUGAUUUGUUGCUAUGUUUUCACCCCAGUGGCAUGGCACAGUUGAAAUCUUUGUGGACAUAUCUUUGUGGCUAUUGUGGCUGCGCUGUGGUCACCUGAGGAUAUGGUUCAGGUGGGGUCUCCAGAAGGCUGCCCAGGGCACUAGGACUUGCCCCCAGAGAGCCAUCUCUUCCAUUUUUUAUUCAUUCCUGAGAAUGGCUUAGUCCUGAGAAUCUGCAAAGUCUCUGAAGAGAACUCUCUCUUCCCACUAAGUGAUGUAACCUACUUGGCCAGCAUUCCAAAUAGACUCAGACUCACUGCCCUGAGCCUGCACAGAGCCAGGUGGAAUGGGCAGUGAGUCUGGCCAAAAUGUAAACCCCACCCUCCCUGCUGUCAUUGGCUCUCCCUCCAGGCUGCUGCUGGGCAUGUCAUAGAUGGAAUGAAUGACCAUCUGGGGUAUGGUGGGCUGAACUCCACAAGGUUGUUGGAAUGAAUUUUGAAACUUCUCAGAAAUUAGUCUGAAAUGGCAGGCAGUAAGUGCAGCAGAAUCUGGCAGGACUGAUAUUUGUGCAGUGGGCCUGCCACACACCCUCUGCCUAGGAGGCUGUAUGCCAGCGCUCAUCUCUAGCAAGGAAUUUAUCUUCAGGUGAAGAAGAGAGGAAGCAGGAUCCCACUGAGCACCUCUUGCAGAAGGCAAGGACCAAUGUUUGAACGUGUUUCAGAUGUCAUGUGUUUAGUUUUUAUAUGUGUGUACAUAAUUAUAUAUAGAGAUAGACUUGUGUAUACACCUUCCACAAACACAUCCUCACAGAGAUACAUGUGCUCAAUGUAUAUUCUUGUUUCUCCUGCUCUCAAGUUGGAACUUGCAUUGUGAUAAGUUUUGGAAACUCAAAAGUACUGCAACGUGUUGAAAUAAGAAAUAAUAUUGUCAAAUAACUUGUGAUUGUCUUGCCAUCAAUAAAAUAAUGCAUAGUUGUGUUAAACUA